GUGGAUACACCAGUUCUCAUGUGUCUGGUUGGCUCUCUUGAAAUAGCCUGAUAUUGAAGUUUUGUGAUAGUUUUGAAUCAACGACUUGACUAUACAUAGUCAGAAAGUUGUCUUUAACUUAUUGAAAUGCUUUGCUCAUCACUAGAGUAUCCGAACUCUUUUAAAUGAUCGGCUGUUAAAGACUGCAAGCUGUCAUUGGACGGACAGUGAGGUCCAGCCUGUUCUCAUUUCAGUAUGUCUGACUUUGACGUAGGGUCAAAUACUUUCACGGAGACUAAUAGUAAGCAGGGAUCAGGUGGUGAGGGUGCUUUUAAAAAACGACUCGGUAUUAUUGCAACUUGUGUCGUCGGAGGGUCAUUGGUUGCUCUGUACGCAGUAACUGGACCAUUUGUUGCACCAGCAUUGAGGAAAAUUUGUCUUCCAUUCGUUCCUGCAACAAGGACACAAAUUGAAAACGUCCUUAAGGUUUUGCAAACCAGAUCAGGGUCCUUGGUGGAUAUUGGCAGCGGAGAUGGACGGAUAGUUAUAGCUGCUGCAAAACGAGGCUUCAAGGCAGCUGGCUUUGAGCUGAACCCAUGGCUGGUCUGGUACUCCCGUUACAAAGCCUGGAGGGAAGGUGUUCAACACAGCACAUCUUUUUAUAUUUCAGACCUUUGGAAGGUCAGCUUUUCAGAGUACUCCAAUGUGGUCAUCUUUGGUGUUCCUCAAAUGAUGGAACAGCUUGAAGUCAAGCUCCAAACAGAGCUUCAGAGUUCAGCUAAAGUAGUAGCUUGUCGCUUUCCGUUUCCUACUUGGACCCCCGAUGACGUAGCUGGCGAGGGAAUUGAUACUGUGUGGGUUUAUGAUGCCAAGACAUUCAAACCUCUCAAAACAAACAAAAAAGUCUGUUAACUAGGCAGUGAUGAAAGAAGAUAACAAAUGCAGCUUCCAGAGCACUGAUGCACUGACAGACAUUUUGUCUUUAUCAUACUGUAUAUACAGUGAUCAGCCACAACAUUAAAACCACCUGCCUAAUAUUGUGUAGGUCCCCGUUGUGCCACCAAA